GGCCAACUGGAUAGAUUUUCCAGCCAGAACGCGAUCGCACGCCAUAUUGGCAAGCCCGAGCAUGGUCGCCGCCCACGCCGCCGCCGAGGGCACCGCAGGCGAAGCAACCAAACAAGAGACGCCGACGCCGACAACGGUAGCGCCGUCGAGUACGGCAACGACUGCGCCGAACACGAAUAGAACCUGCUCUGGCCCCCCGUGCCUUUGGACGUCCAACCUCAUUGCCUGCCCCGGUGGUCCCGCGCCAAAAGACGUGCUCAUCUUCUGCCCGCAGCUGGAGUCGGUGCCGGACAACUGCUGCAAGGUCGACUCCAUGAGGCCGCUCAACGGCAACGGGUCGUCGCACAACCAAACCAUCAGAUUUACGUGCAAGGGCGAACUCUGGAUGCCGGACAGCCCGUCGAUCGCAUGUCUGCCAACGACCGCGACCGCGACGGAGACGACAGCGCCGACGGCCGCAGCGACGAAGGGGCCGGCGACACCGACGUCAGAGUCGUCGUCCAACACCGGUGCGAUCGUCGGGUCGAUCGUUGGCGUUGUCGCGCUGGUCGCGGUCGUCUUCUUUGUCAUGUACCAGCGCAAGAAGAAGCGCGCGGUGCGGUCGCCCGACUUUCCCGACCACCAGGACUCGUACCUCGGCAUCGACUCGGUGGACGGCGCGCCCAAGGCCAUCAAAGCGUCGUCGCCGCCGCCGGCCACGUCGGCGACCACGUCGACGUCGACGGUGGUCGCGGAGCCCAAGCCGAGACACACGGAGUCGCUCCUCACGCAGCUCUCGCAGCGCGACGACCUCAAGCCGCUCUGGAUGGACAUUGAGACGCUCAAGACAUCGGCGAUCAAGGGCGGGCACAACCUCUUUAGCUGCAACGUGCGCGGGCAAAAGGUCGCGCUCAAGGGCAUGGACUACCCGACCGCGUCCGUCGAGUCGCGCGCCGAUUUCAUUCGGUCGAUCCACGACGUCUGCAAGGUGCAGUCGCUGUCCAUUACGUCCAUCUCGGGCGUCUGCCUCAUGAACUUCCAGACGCGGCUCUGCGCCGUGUCCGAGUUUAUGGAGAAGGGCGCGCUGAGCGCUGCGCUCCUCGACGCGACCCUCGUCCUCUCCAACGACCAGAAGCGCGCGAUGGCGCUCUCGCUGGCCACGGGCUUGGCGUACCUCCACGAGUCGCACCAGAUUGUGUUUGGCCACCUCACGAGCGAGAAGGCGCUCGUCAACGCGCACCUCGAGUGCAAGCUCAACGUCUUCGAGCUCAUGAAGCGCGAGUACCUCGACACGCGGCCGUGCAAUACGACGUUCGGCGCGUUCGAAGUUCCGUACCAAGCGCCCGAGCUCCGCGCCUUGUCGCCGCCCACGACGACGAUGGCCACCGACGUGUAUGCGCUCGGUGUGCUCGUCGCAGAGAUCUUCACGCGCGACCGGCCGUGCAAGGCGCUGUACGCAGAGAAGGGUCUCGUCGCUGGCGACCUGUACCUCUACGCCCACGUCGAGACGCCGGCCUUUGACCUCGCGGCGCUCCCGUCCAGCGUUGCCGAGAUUGUGCGCCAGUGCUGGCACACCAACCCCGCAAAACGCCCCCGCAGCAGCGCGGUCGUUGCAGCGCUCAAGUAGGAUCUUGCUUUGAGUCCAUCAAUAACGAAUGUGUUUAUACGAG